UUCAACUCGAGACGAAAGGCGAGUUGUGUUGCAUACUUCAAUACCUUAAGCUAGGGAGUGGUAGAUUUUAAAACUGGCAAGAAAUCAGAUUCAAUGUUUCAGUCACAAUGUCUGCAGCAUACAGCAUCAUAGACAAAGAAGACGGCGUCGUUAUAGAGAAGCACCGUUUGUCAUGUGAACAAACAACUGCCUGUCUCAUAGUGACUCUUUCAAUUUGUGUGAAUCUGACAUUAGGAGUCACUAUAUUGUUGAGCAUUAACCUGGGAUAUGGUACAGAACUAGCAUCCAGGACAUCACCAUCUCGACAAAUGAUUGACAGGUACUCUGUAUGCACAGAGUGUCAUUACUUUGGACACGCAGAGAAACAUACACGACACGGAAGACUUGUCAAGAGAGUGGAGACUAACGAUGGACAGAUUUGCUGCCUUCACCAAGCUGAGAGCCUAUGGAGGCUUCUGAACCUGAUACAUAUGGAGUCCUUGAUGCAGCAACCGACGUCCCCCGGGCAAGUGUCGUUCCCGCCGCCGUCGGCGCACCUGUAUCUUGACACACUACAAGAAUCUGACUACAAAUGGAGCGAAGAGUUCGGAUAUGGGGCUGCCCACGUGACAGGGGGAAUCAAGAUGGCGUCGGGACGAUUACAAAUAUCACAUCCUGGUUACUAUAACAUCUACUCCUUCAUCACGCUGAAGACGAGAUCGGAACUAACCAGGAACCUGAGAGUGAAACAUUCAGUUAGAAGAAUCAGCAAGCAUCCAGAACCACAUACUGAUAUUGUGUUACAAAGAAGUGCUUCCAUGUCCAGAAUUAGUGAAACAUUCAUCAACAGUUAUCUAGAUGGUGUGAUUAAACUCAAUGCAAAAGACGAAAUAUAUGUUGACGUUUCAAAUGUAAGUUCUAUUUAUAAGUAUGCACCUUCUAAUGUAUUUGGUCUACAUCUUGUAAGAUAUAUAUGAUAUAGUCAUAGGGAUUAGUUUCAUAUAUAUAUAUAUAUAUAUAUAUCCAAAUCUCUAUAUGCGAGCUUUAAUUUCACAACAUGAUUGAAAUCUUGAUCACCAAAAUGUAAUUGUAAAUCAAUGUAUGCCGUUUGUCAAAUUCGCUGUGUGUGCCAUACCAUAUGUUACAAUGUCCUGUCACGCCCACCCACUCCCGAAUAUCGGUAAUAACACGUCCCUGCGUAUUGUGUAGGCAGAAAUUACGUUUCAAGGUUUAACACUUGUAAUGAAAUGAUAUAAUUUUCUGGGGACAGCUGCACAAAAAGUAUAUAAUAAAAAGGAUAUUCCAUGUGUCGAGUAAAAUAUCAUGUUUCUCUCAUCGACUGACGAGGGAGAUCAUUACUUUUAUUACAGGGGGCACGGUGGCCCAGUCGUCUAAGGAGCCGCGAUUCGCUGUGCAGAGUUGCGUCCCCUGGACACGCCAGAAACCUAUGGUUGUGGGUUCGAAUCCUGGUUCACCACGAUUAUGUUUCUAGGUUUGU